CGCAAGACGUUAAGACAACUCCGCACAUAUUCGCCAUAGUGUCCCAACCCCGCCAAAGAUUUCCAUGGGUCAGGCUCUUCCCCGGAUUCACGGAUUUAGGGUCCCUAGUGUCUGCGAACUUCAGCCACGAACCCCGAUGGUUUAGCAUAACCGAACAGCAAGCAACGUGCCGCAUCAUCCACGUACACGUGUCGCUGCGCCGCGCGCCGUUAAACAUGCCCCUAGUAUCUCAGGGCGAAUUCUCUCCCACACAGAUUCCGUCUCACCACUUAGAACAAUUCUGUACACUAGUCCAAUCAUGGACUCCGCAUAAUGGGGUAUGAACUAAUGUUAUGACUAGGGUUUCUUGCGAUGUUUAAGAAUUGUCAUCCUCUGCUUUGUGAUUCCUUAACGUUAGAAACGCAAAAUUUAACAGUCAAAAAACAAAUAGUAGACUAUGGCAAACGAUACUAUGCAGGCAGUAAUUUUCAAGGGCCCAAAGCUUAUUGCUCUCGAAACUCGGCCUAUACCACAGAUCCAAAACUCAACAGACAUUAUAGUAAAGGUUAAGUAUACUGCGUUAUGUGGCAGCGAACUUCACGUGUUUCGGGGCCAUCAAGCGACUGUGCCAGGCUUCAUUAUGGGUCACGAAUUCACCGGCGUAGUUGAUCAGCUAGGCUCGGACGUUCGCAACUUCAGGAAAGGCGAUUUGAUCGUCGCUCCCUUCACUGUAUCGUGCGGGAAAUGCUUCUACUGCAUCGAGGGAUACUCUUCUCGUUGUGAAAGGAGCAUGUUAUUUGGCUGCCCCGCUCUUGACGGCGCUCAGGCCGAAUAUGUCAGAGUGCCCUUAGCAGACAGUACUGUUGUGAAGGCCCCGCCAGGAAUCGAUGAAUUGAAGCUUUGCCUCAUGGCUGAUAUUUUUCCAACUGGUUACUUCGCGGCAACCAAUGCCUUCACUGGAUUGAGUGAGGCGGCAAUUCAGCAAAGCACAGUUGUAGUCAUUGGCUGCGGACCCGUCGGACUCUGUGCCCUUGUCAACGCCUUGAAGUACAAGCCAAAGAACUUACUCGCUGUUGAUGGAGUGGAAGACAGGCUUGGGCUCGCAAACAGACUUGGGGCAGAGAGUUGGAAUUAUUUGACUAAUCGUGAAGGGUUGAGCAGCCGCAUAAAAGAGUUAACAAACGGUAGAGGGGCAGACAUUGUUAUAGAAGUUGUGGGUCUGAGUUCUGCGUUACGAAUGGGGUUCGACCUGCUACGACCUUGGGGAAGCAUAUCUAGUGUUGGAGUCCACAACGGAGAGAUUCCGUGGACAGGAAAUGAAGCAUAUGGGAAAAAUUUGAGAAUGCAAAUGGGCAGGUGCCCUGUCAGAAGCAUCUUCCCGCAAGCUUUACAGAGUUUAUUAGAAUCCCAGCAUUUACUUGACUUCAUGACAGAAAAUGUUAUGCCUUUAAAUGAAGUUGUGGAAGGAUAUAACUUAUUUGAUCAAAUGAAGGCAUCAAAAAUAAUCUUUCGAGUGGACUAAUUGCCAUUUGGCAUGUUCGUUAAGUCAGCAAUAUACAAACCCCCUUGAAAUAGCCAAGGUCAUCAUCGCAAUCCCAACCUAGUCGAGUCUUGGGCAUGAAACCCAAUACUGUGAUGACCAACGGUGAUUUACCGUAAGGCCUCCACUCGUCCGUCGCGGAGACUUCUCGCACAAUACUUUAGCUUGUGCCAUUAUAUUAACCUCGAAAAAGCAAAUAAUAUUUGGG